ACAGUCUCGCUUUGUCUCCCAGGCUGGAGUGCAAUGGCGCUCUCUUGGCUCACUGCAACCUCCACCUCCCAGGUUCAAGCAAUUUUCCUCCCUCUGCCUCCCGAGUAGCUGGGAUUACAGGCAUCUGCCACCAUGCCCGGCUAAUUUUUUAUAUUUUUAGUAGAAACAGGGUUUCACCAUGUUGGUCAGGCUGGUCUCAAACUUCAGACCUCCGGUGAUCCACCCGCCUCAGCCUCCCAAAGUGUUGGGAUUACAGGCGUGAGCCACCGCACCUGGCCAGCAACCACCAUUCUUUCUAUAAAUUCUAUUACUCUAGGUAUCUCAUUCACUAGCCCAAUUUUUUUUGUUUGGUUUUUUUUUUGGUUUUUUUUUUUGGUUUUUGUUUUUUGAGAUGGAGUUUCGUUCUUGUUGCCCAGGCUGGAGUGCAAUGGCACAAUCUUGGCUCACCGCAACCUCCGCCUCCCGGGUUCAAGCAAUCUCCCAAGUAGCUGGGAUUACAGGCAUGCACCACCAUACCCGGCUAAUUUUGUGUUUUUAAUAGAGACUGGGUUUCUCCAUUUUAGUCGGGGUGAUCUCAAACUCCUGACCUCAGGUGAUCCGCCUGCCUCAGCCUCCCAAAGUGCUGGGAUUAUAGGCGUGAGCUACCAUGCCCAGCCCUCUCUGGCCCAUUUUAAGGAGAUAUAUUUGAAGGGCAGCUGAGGGGAAUGCUCUGAAUAAUUAACUCUUAUGGUAGUGAUUAAUUCUCCAAGUUUGUUUUUUUCUCUUUUUUCUUUUUUUUUUUUUUUUAAGACAGAGUCUCUGUCACCCAGCUUGGAGUGCAGUGGCGCAAUUUCAGCUCCCUGCAACCUCUGCCUCCUAGGUCCAAGUGAUUCUCCUGCCUCAGCCUCCCAGGUAGCUGGGAUUACAGGCACCCGCCACCACGCCCGGCUAAUUUUUGUAUUUUCAGUAGAGAGGGAUUUCACCAUGUUGGCCAGGCUGGUUUUGAACUCCUGACCUCAAGUGAUCCACCCGCCUCUCCCUCCCAAAGUGCUGGGAUUACAGGCAUGAGCCACCAUGCCCAGGCAAUUCUCCAAGUUAAUGCACAAUGCACAUCUAAGCUUAUGUGUGGCCUUAUCCUGGCAGAAUUGCUAAGGGACUGAUCAUCUGGGAGAGCCUCCUCUGCAGAGGUAGCCUUGGUUCCAAAGCCCCUGGUGGCUGUGAGGAGCCUGGCCACUGCCCCCUAUGGAGGCAGGAUAAUGGGAUGAGGAAGGCUGUGGAUCUGAUCACAGGACCCAAGCAUAAUUCCUUCAUUAGCUACUUGCUCUAGGAUUUGGGCCAAGUCCCUCCACCUGCCUCAGCCUCAGCUUCCUCUUCUGGGAAAUGGGACAAUACUUUCCAACAUAUUUAUGACUCAGAGUCAGUGAGACAGAUGAUGGACUUCCUUUGCAGUCUUGAGAAUCCUAGCACAGUGUUUGGAUGCAGUUAAAUGCAAGGAAAAUAGGACUCCUGAUCCCAAUUUGUAGAAGUAGUGGAGACCCAGAAAUACAGGGACUUGCCCAAGGUCAUACGGCACUUCACUGGUAAAAUUGGGCUGAAACCCAGCUACCCUCCACAAGUUGCAGCUAUUUAAGGUUUCUUGUUGGUCAGUCUUUCGAAGGACAGUAGACUUGAAAUAGAUGUUUGCUUUUCCGUCUUACUGGAUUUGAAACAUUUCUCAAGAAGCUCCAGUGUUGAUGGGCCUGUGGGAGGAUAGAGGGUAAAGAUUUGGGUAGGGGAUAAAGACAAUAAUUCUGUGUCAUAGGACUAGAGUCCUAAAUGACUUCCAUGGUGAUCAUCUUGUCCAGGGACAGCAAAUAUCUUGCACUGGGCAAUUACCCCUCCUACUGGACCCAUGGCAGACAGCAUCAGCCACAGCACUCCCAUUGACCCCUGGAUACAGCGUGAGGAGUCUUCUCAACACAGGCAAAACCAAUCAACCGGAAGUAGCAUGCCCAGUGGAAUCUGUGCCCUCCCUAAUCUAGUGCAGUCCCCUGCUUUUACAGAUGGGUGGCAGUCCUGGGAGGGGAAAGGACUAUGAAGGGCAAGUGAUGUCACAGGUCUCUUUGUGAGAGCAGAAAGGAGUCUGGCAGGACAGUUUGAAGCCUUCGGAAGUAUGUUUGCAAAAACAUCAGGGCAGAGCAACUCCCAGGGGGUAGAUGUUAUCAAGGUUCAUCAUGCCUAGUGGCGUAUAAGAAGACCCCGCCACCGGUCCCUCCACGCACCACUUCAAAGCCGUUCAUCUCAGUCACAGUCCAGAGCAGUACUGAGUCUGCCCAGGACACCUACCUGGACAGCCAGGACCACAAGAGCGAGGUGACUAGCCAGUCGGGCCUGAGCAACUCGUCGGACAGCCUGGACAGCAGUACCCGACCGCCCAGCGUGACACGGGGCGGAGUCGCCCCAGCCCCUGAGGCCCCAGAGCCACCCCCAAAACAUGCAGCUCUGAAAAGUGAACAAGGGACGCUGACCAGCUCUGAGUCCCACCCCGAGGCCACCCCCAAAAGGAAACUGUCAUCAAUAGGAAUACAAGUUGACUGCAUUCAGCCAGUGCCAAAAGAGGAGCCCAGUCCCGCUACCAAAUUCCAGUCCAUCGGGGUUCAGGUAGAGGACGACUGGCGAAGCAGCGUCCCCUCUCACAGUAUGUCCUCCCGACGGGACACAGACUCGGAUACCCAGGAUGCCAAUGACUCAAGCUGUAAGUCGUCUGAGAGGAGCCUCCCGGACUGUACCCCUCACCCCAACUCCAUCAGCAUCGAUGCCGGUCCCCGGCAGGCCCCCAAGAUUGCCCAGAUCAAGCGCAACCUCUCCUAUGGAGACAACAGCGACCCUGCCCUAGAGGCGUCCUCGCUGCCCCCACCCGACCCCUGGCUCGAGACCUCCUCCAGCUCCCCAGCAGAGCCGGCACAGCCAGGGGCCUGCCGCCGAGACGGCUACUGGUUCCUAAAGCUACUGCAGGCAGAAACAGAGCGGCUGGAAGGCUGGUGCUGCCAGAUGGACAAGGAGACCAAAGAGAACAACCUCUCUGAAGAAGUCUUAGGAAAAGUCCUCAGUGCUGUGGGCAGUGCCCAGCUACUGAUGUCCCAGAAAUUCCAGCAGUUCCGGGGCCUCUGUGAGCAAAACUUGAACCCUGAUGCCAACCCACGCCCCACAGCCCAGGACCUGGCAGGGUUCUGGGACCUGCUACAGCUGUCCAUCGAGGACAUCAGCAUGAAGUUUGAUGAACUCUACCACCUCAAGGCCAACAGCUGGCAGCUGGUGGAGACCCCCGAGAAGAGGAAGGAAGAGAAGAAACCACCCCCUCCGGUCCCAAAGAAGCCAGCCAAAUCCAAGCCGGCAGUGAGCCGCGACAAGGCCUCAGACGCCAGCGACAAGCAGCGCCAGGAGGCCCGCAAGAGACUCCUGGCGGCCAAGCGGGCAGCUUCUGUGCGGCAGAACUCAGCCACCGAGAGCGCAGACAGCAUCGAGAUUUAUGUCCCGGAGGCCCAGACCAGGCUCUGAGACCACGCAGGAGGAAAGAAACGAUUUUAAAUCAUUAAAAACACAAAAACUAAGUGCGAAUGGAACAGAGUUUUCUCAACCUUUGCUAUGGUUAUUCUGUCUAGAGACCCUGAGCCAACUUUCAAAUUGACACAUACAAGGGCUCACAAUUUGGCUUUUUUGGGUCCCUCCCAGCUUUAGGUUAUGAAGAUUUUACUCACAAAAAAAAUCAACAAAAAUCACGAAACUAGAAAACUUUUUUUUCCUCUUGCUGGCUGUGGUGGACUAGAUAGAUGGACGUCGGCAACUCCCGGCCCAGCCUCCAUACUGCGGUCUUUUUACUCGUUCUAGCUGAUGAGAACUCACACUAGCUUGUUUACAAGAUGACGACAGUCCAAGGGCAGCCUUGGGCACCUGCCAUGUCCUUCCUUUCCCCAGCUACCCCGCUCUGACCUUGGAUUUUCAUUCUUAUGUUUUUCUCUUUUCCCUUCAGAGCUCACACAGUGGUCACCAUUGUGGCAAGCGGCUUUCUGGGUCUCAGCCCUCUCUGCGGUUGAGGGCCCAGAGGACAGAGAGAUGGACACGCGUCCCCUCCCUCCCCCACCAAGUGCUCACACACAACCUCACACGUGCACACACACACGCAGAUGGAGGCGCCUCACUGGGAGGUGCCCCGCCAGCCCUGGGCAGUGUCAGGCAGGACUCACUCACCGCUGAGCAGAUGAGGGAAGUUUUAGUCUUGGGGGGUGGAAAUGAGACGAAGCCACAGUUAUCACACUCCAGACUCCUGCCCUUUUAUUUUCUCCAGCCCCUUCUUCCUUCAGCAAAAUGUAGGACUCCCGAGUGGCUUCCAGGGGGCUGUCAGUCCUCAGCCGCGCCUGUGUCCGGUGCCCGAGGGGCGGGCGGCGGUCUCUGUAUGUAUGUGUACAUAUGCACAUAGACCUUAGAGUGUAUAGUUAACAAACGCCCAUCUGCUCACCCAUGCCCACCCAGCGCCGCCGCCGCUGGCUCUCGGGGCACCUGGCAGGAGGCGGGUGUGUGAAUAGCAUAUAUUUUUACAUGUACUAUAUCUAGGUGUGUACAAGUGUGUGUAAAAAUAUAUACCUUGUGUGUAAGCAGCCCUUUUUUUUUUUUGGUCUCCACCCCCUCCCCCCGACUCCUAAGGGCCCAUCUGCCCAGCCUCUGAGUUUUCUGUUCUAUUUUUUUUUUUACCCCAAUUAUCCUUCUCUCUCUCCUGCCCCCCCAUCCCACUCCCAGGGUGUCACGAGCCCUGAGCUGCAAUGGCCCGGGCCUGCAGGGCGGGGUGGGGGAGGGCAGGGGCUCAGCCCCGAAGCCAGCUCAGUACCUGAGGGGCUGCUCUAUGCUGUGUAUGCGCCUCUCUGGCAUCCGAGACAUCCUCUUGGCUGGCGCUUGCUGCAGGGGGGACCCCCCCCCUCCCCAGGUGAACCAAGGGUCUGCUCCGGGGCCCAUUUCCAGCUUGGCCGCCGUCUGUGACCUUGGGCAAGUCACUUGACCUCUGUGUGCCUCAACUUCCUCCUCUGUAAAACGGGGACAGUCCCUGCCCCUCCCUACCUCACAGGCAUGUUGUGAGAAUAAAUGAGGUAACGUGUA